GUCGCCUUCUCAGAAUUUGGAGGAAUAAGAAAGGCUGACGGCGACCCUCUCGCUUCGCGUCGGCCAUGGCUCAGGGAACCCUCGCUGGAAUCCCACACGUCCUGGUCUUGGGGUUCCGCCGCACCCUCCUGAUGGAUGGACCAUUCACUCUAGAUGCAAAUGUUGGAUUGAAUGAAGUAGAAGGCUUUCGGUGUUCCAGCCAAAAGAUGCAUAAAGGCUAUGGAUUGCAGUAGGCAAUACGAACCCCGUUGGCAUUGAUUAAAUAUCAAGCCUUCCGUAGAUGGUUGCCAUCUGCUGAUAAAGUUUUCAGGACUUCACUGAUGAUAUUCACAUGUCAAAUAAAUUGACUUUAAGAAUGCUUCAGAUUAAGUACAUAAAAGAUGCAUAAACAUGUUAAGAUCCUUAUAGUAAAUGUUAUUUAUCUAGUUCACUUUGUCUACGCAUAAAUACUCCUGCUUUGAACUUGUACAACAUCAUUUUCAGUUUAUAUCAUAGGUAGAUUGACUUUUUUUAAUGGCAUCUUUAUUCAGUCAAGCUAUAACAUCAUUUCGAUUAGCACUACUCAGAUGUUUUUGUCUUAUCACUUAAAAUUAAUGAAAGAAAAAUAAUUAAUAAUGAAUGGACUUAUCCAAUUCUGGAUUUGCCAUCCAAAACUAUAUAAUAUGUAUAAAUGUAUAUCAUUUAAAAUUCUUUGAGAAUGGAGAAGAGAAUCCAUAAUGAAAGUUGACCGGAUAUGGCCUAGGUGAAUUUAGGCAUCUGCCUAUACAGGUUGGGAAAGGUCAAUGUACGGUGACUUGAGUCUUGGUCACCCAUGUUCCAAAGAAGCAAACUUACCAUGUUGUCAAGGUGUAAGCUUACAGAUAUGACAGAUUCCAUACUCAAUUCAAACUGGACUCAUUCGAAACCUGUACUUUAAACCAAGUUAUUAUCAAUUUGUCAUUGUGCAUAAUAUCACCCUCAUGAUUACAUGUUGCUCAUUAAUAUCUAUAGUGAUAAAUUAAUAGGUUUCUUAGUUCUUACACAUGAAAUUUCCAGUAUUCGAAGAGUUCCAAUCAAAACCUGUUUGUGUGUUUUGCGGUGUCCUCAAAACUUGGAAGAGCAUGAACUGCUGUCAUAACCAGCCAUGGAACAUCAUCUGCAGUCUUUUCAGGACUACUUUUUUAUACUAAUCUGGACACCUCAACUCUUGACACUUACUAAGCACCUCCCGCAGUUAUCAACGAAAGAUGAGGAGGAUGCUUGCCCCAUUUGCCUUGAAGAUUAUGAUGCAGAGAAUCCACACGUUAUGACAAAGUGUGAACACCAUUUCCAUUGUGUUGCAUUCUUGAAUGGAUGGAGAGAUGAGACACCUGUGCCAUCUGUGACCAGGUCUUCUAUAUGUUCAUGGUAUAAUCAUGCAGUUUUCAUUUUGCAGAUAAUGAUGAUCAACACCAGGACUGUGCCAGAAAAACAAAUGUGGCUAGAAGCAAUUUGAUGUUUUGGUUGAGAGUUUAGAUGUCUGGGUCAAUUUCUUCUGAAUUCCUGUUGUGGAACAGUAGGAAACAAAAAGGUAAAUGAUUGUAAUUCCUGGUUGAAAUUAUUAUCAUGCAAAUCCUUUUUUGUUUGUUCUAGUGUCACCAAAGCAGGUACAGGUGUGUGCCUGGCAAUCGUUUCUGCAUUUUGUUAGUCUCCUUCUCCAAGUUUCUCUUCAGUUUCUUUCUCCGUUUGUAUAGUCUUUCGAUAUGAAUAGGUGAUA